UUCCUCAGCGGUAAUAGACACAUGCACACACAUAACAAAUACACACAAUCCCAUUACAGCUAUUCCCCCAUACUGUUCUAAUUAUGUCAUGCACUGGCGCCACAACCUUCACUAGAAAUAACGUCCUCCAUUUAUGUUCUCUACAAAUUUUUUACACAAAUUUAGAGCUACCAAAAACCACAACCAAAAUAUAGCCAUCUCACAAAAUUCAGACAGUUUCAUUUUCAACAAAGGAAGAUCAAUCACUCUUGACAGUGAAUUAAGAAACAUGUCUCUCUUUGAUCUUCUUAACCUGGAUCUCUCCGACAGCCACAAGACAAACAAAAGCAAAUUCAUUGCUGAAUACAUAUGGAUUGAUGGAUCUGGCAUGAACCUCAGAAGCAAAGCAAGGACCCUGCAAUAUCCUGUUACUGAUCCUUCACAACUGCCAAAAUGGAACUAUGACGGUUCUAGCACUGACCAAGCUCCUGGUGAUGAUAGUGAAGUCAUCUUAUAUCCCCAGGCAAUUUAUAAGGAUCCAUUCAGGGGAGGAAAUCAUAUUCUAGUCAUGUGUGAUGCUUAUACUCCAGCUGGAGAGCCCAUCCCAACAAACACGAGGUUCAAUGCCGCAAAGAUAUUCAGCCACCCUGAAGUUCUGGCGGAGGAACCUUGGUUUGGUAUAGAGCAGGAGUACACAUUGAUGCAGAAAAAUCUGAAUUGGCCACUUGGUUGGCCGAUUGGAGGAUAUCCUGGACCUCAGGGACCAUACUAUUGUUCGGUUGGUGCAGACAAAGCCUUUGGCCGCGAUAUUGUCAACUCCCACUACAAAGCUUGUUUAUACGCCGGCAUCAACAUUGGUGGAAUUAAUGCGGAAGUUAUGGCAGGCCAGUGGGAAUUCCAAGUUGGACCAGCACUAGGCAUUUCUCCUUGUGAUGACCUUUGGGUUGCUCGUUACAUUCUUGUGAGGAUUGCAGAAGCAGCUGGUGUGAUUGUUUCUUUUGAUCCAAAACCUGUUGAGGGCGAUUCCAAUGGUGCUGGUGCUCAUACAAAUUACAGUACCAAGUCCAUGAGGGCUGAAGGAGGGCUACAAGUAAUAAAGAAAGCCAUUGAGAAGCUUGGAAAGAGACACAAGGAACACAUUGCUGCUUAUGGCGAAGGCAACGAGCGUCGUCUUACUGGAGAGCAUGAAACAGCUGACAUCAACACCUUCAAAUCUGGAGUAGCAGACCGUGGAGCGUCGAUUAGGAUUGGAAGGGAAACAGAGAAGGCAGGAAAAGGAUACUUAGAGGAUAGGAGGCCAUCUUCAAACAUGGAUCCUUAUGUUGUGACUUCUAUGAUUGCAGAAACAACCAUCCUUUGGAAACCAUGACAGAAUUGAAAUUUUCCAGUUUUUGGUGGCUAAUUACUCAAUUGUUCUUUUCAAAUGGAUUAGUGGUUUGUUUUAGGGACAGGAAUUCUGGUUUUUGCCUUUUCUCAUAUGAAUGAAAAUAACAAAAAUCAGUAGAAAGUGAAUCUUGAGAUUAGAUUAAACUCUCUUUUUUAUGUGAA